AUGCCAUUUGUUAUUCCACUUUCUAUCAAAUUAGCUAUAACUGCAGGUGCCUUUGUUGGUGGGUCAGUAGCAGUUAUUCAAAAUAAAGAGAAAAUUCUUGAAUUUGGAGAAUCUUUAUUCCAACAAGGGGCAGAUUUCUGUAGAGAGAAAUUAGAACAACAUAAAGAGUCUGUUAUGUAUGCUACGGAUAUAGAUACAUUAUUCGAUGGAGACGAAAAGAAAUUCAAUGAUGAAGAGAGUGAUAUGGAAUAUAAUGGAACUACUGACUCUACUGAUUAUGAUUUCACUACUCCUGAAGCAACUGAUAGUGAAUAUGAAUCAGGAAAUGAGUUGAACUAUAGACAUGGAUGGAGGCAUGAUUUGGAUGUUGAUACCGUGGAUUAG